CCAGGUUGUGUUGACAUCAGCAGCCAUGGCCAACAACAGUUCAAUAAUGUAUGGUGAAGAUCUUGACCAGGUGCCUCUUCUGGACAAUGAUGAUACACUUGGUUUUGGUGAAGAAAAUGAACCCAAGGGAAAGCUGAAACAUCCAAUGGUGACAGUGUUUCACCUUCUGUUUCGUACGGCUGCUCUGAUAAUGUACGAGUUGUCUGAGUUCAUCACUAAUGGAUUCAUUGGUUCCUUCAUUACAAUUGUUAUACUUCUCUCAAUGGACUUCUGGACAGUCAAGAAUAUCACAGGACGUUUAAUGGUUGGGCUCCGUUGGUGGAACUAUAUAGAUGACGAAGGUCAAAGUCAUUGGGUGUUUGAAGCCCAUAAGGGUGGUCUUCAGGGCAGAGUGUCGCAGACUGAAGUACGUGUAUUCUGGGUGGCCUUGGUGGUCUUCCCUGUCAUCUGGUCCAUCCUCUUCCUCAUUGCAAUAGGAUUCUUCAAAUUCAGAUGGGCUAUGGUUGUAUUGAUUGCCUUAUCCCUAACUGGAAGCAAUUUAUAUGGUUAUGUACGAUGUAAGUUUGGCAAAUCGGAGAGUAUUUCACAGUCCUUUAAGAAUAUGGCAUCAGGAUUGGUUCAGAAGCAGAUGAUAAGUAAUGUUGCCAACAUGUUUACCCGAACACCUCCGACGACAGCUCCAAGUAGCACAGUGUGAGAAUUUAGGAGACGUAGAGUUUAAAAUACUGUAUCAUGGAAAUCUUUUGUACUAAUUUCCUCUCCGUUGACUUGGUAUUUUCAAAUCACAGACUGUUGGCUUCAUUUUUUUUUUUCACUUUGAUACUGUGGGUCUUGAUCACAAGUGAAGGACCGCUUGAAAUAAAUGAAAUUCAUGGAGUGAAGUAAUCCAUUGACCUAGCUGUAAUACUGCACAUUAUUGCAUAUGGCAUUACCUUAAGAUUUUGAAUGAGGAUAUGGAUCAUGUAAUACUGUGGUGGUAUACUGUAUACUAAUACCGAUACAGAUGGAUCUAUGAAAUUGGAAUUCUAAAAUUUGAACACCUCUAAGAUUCGGAUGAUUCCUGGCCCGGAGCUUAAAUUCAAAACUCUGAAAAUCCUCCAAACUUCAAGAAAACUUUAUGUAAGUAAAUAAAAAUACAUUUAUUUUUCCUUCCGCAUAAGUGUUCUGUACUUUUGUCAGUAUAGUAUAUUUAUAUAUAUUGGAUUCAUAAUACAGUACAUACUGUACUUACAUUGUACAUGUCAUUUCUGUUGAUUUAUACCCAAAUUCGGAAAGGUCAUAAAUUGAUCCGAGUUUUAAAGUUACCAAUGUACACUAAUUAGCAUCAGGAAAUUGACUUAUGUGGAGUUAUUUUGUAUUAUGAAUCAUAUACAGUACUUGUUUUCAUUAUGUAUAUGUAUCCACACAUGCACAAUACAACCUUGGGAAUUUGGAACUGUUGGGACCAAGAGCAUGCCGGGCUUAUGAAUUUGACUUUAUGUCCCCUUCCUCCCUUGUUACAUUGUAGAACUGUACUACUUUGUUAUUCCUAAACAUUAAACAGGAACUACCUAUA